CCUGAUCCACACGGGCGUACGCGCAUGGGCUUGCGGCCGCUGCCCCAAGCGGUUCCGCAUCCGCUCCGACCUUCGGACACACCUCAGGCUCAAACAUCCCACGCAUUUGGCUGUCUUGGAGGUUUCAGGUCUCAAUCCGACACCGGAACAAGUUAUGGAGAUUUUAACAGCCAACAACAUUUCUCAUGACAAAGUCCUGGAAAUCACCAAGUUCUCUUUUCCCAAGGGCACAACGACCAUAAUCCCCAACAGCUCGCGAGCGUUAGGCCUGUUGUCGCAUGUGCCGAGAACCCAGGUGGCGUGUAGCCGCGCCUGGCCGGAAAGACCUUUUGACCUAGUCCAACCGGCGCGUCGAGGCCGAGGCAUCGCCAAAAAUCCUCGUAAGCCUAAAAUAUUGCAGCGAGGACCUGAGGACCAGCCAGACCCCAACGCUUACGCCCUGUCACUUUCUGGCAGUUCUAAAGAGCCUGUUGCACGGCCAACAAAUCAACAGCAACACCAACAACAAAUGCACCCUGCCAGCCCGUAUCCCAUUACCCUCAACGUUUCUAACGAGGAGCUAAAAGAACUAAACGUGCAACUCCUUCUCCGCGACGGCGUUAUAGUCAGCGGCAACCAAAUGGUGCAGCUCCAACUCGACGACAUCAUGUUGUUGCAGUGAAUUUUGUUAUCAUUAUCAUGCAUCAUCACAGGAUUAUCACUUAUCACAACUGACUAUAGUCGAGAACUUCGAACACUAUCACUGUUACGACACUUUAGGGAUAGGAAGUUAAUAUUGCACGAAAGUAUCGAUAACGCAAAUAUUUUAAAAUGAAAGCAUAAGAAUCCCGCAUCAUACAUCACCUA